AUUUUCAGCUUUUGAUAACAAUGGAUUUUAAAAAUUUGGCCAUCCUCACAUCCCUUUUGGGCUUUGUUGUGUCAUCCAAUAUUACAUUAGCAAAAGGAGGAACAGAUGAGGAAGGACCCAGCGCUCACAAAAAUGGAAAGAUUGAAAUGAAAUUUCGGCAUCUCAGCGAUACAGUACCCCUGUUUUCAGAGAGGAGGGAGAUCUAA